AUGUCGACCGAGACUAGGCCGCCCGACAGAUUGUCGUCGGAGCGAGACGUCGAGUUGGGCUCCACGUCCACCGAUGCGUUCGCUGAGGGCCAAGUCGAAGAGGGAGGGCCCCUUGCCAAGUACACCCAGAUGGGCAACGCCGCCGACGAGGACAAGGUGUCGACGCUGGAAAAGAGCUGCUGCAUCGUCACCUUUGUCGUCCUCAUUUUGCUCUUGUUGAUCCCGAUGGUGGUCUACGGUAUAACGGGCCUGCAGGAAGAGACGCGGGAGCUGAACCCAAAGGACCUGGAACGCUGGAACGUGACGACGACGCCUGCUACCCCCAUAACGACAAAAUCCUGGCAGGAGAUUCUUCGUGAGGGCCUCGUUAUUAUGGCCAGCAAAAUGGCAAAGAAGACUACGACGACCACUCCUCCGCCCUCCUCAUCUACCGAUCCGCCCCCGAAGAGCAUUAAAAUCACCCCAAAUUCU